AUGGAAAGGAUCUGGGAUGCGAGGCUUUCGAAUAGCAGAACCCGAAACGACACUCUCAUCUCUGCACGAGCUUUCCCUUCGAGAGAUCCCGCCCCGCUGUAUCCGACACGGGGAGCCGAGGACGAGCCCACCGCUUCAGCUGGUCGCCUUUGUCGAGACACAAUUCAAUCACCUCGGCCAGCGACCAGUCGAGUGUCUCGCGAAGAAGAAUGCAACUCAGAGACGUCUGGAUUCGACAUCGGGAUCUCCGGCAGUCCUCCAAACCCAGAAGACAGUCAAGAUUCUCUGGAAGACUCCAACUGGGAGUACCAUGAGCCGUGGUCUUGGACAUCAAUCUGCUCUGAGACCGGUUCCAAGUGGAUCCGGAGUGUCACGGGGAGUCGAGAUUUCGUAGCCACUACAAAGCGUUUCGCGCAAGACAUGGUCCCAAGAUCCUCAUAUGACAAAUAUCUGUCAGCGAGUGCCAGGUCACCCGAGACAGGCGAAGCGACUGCAUGGAAGUAUGUUGAUGCAUUCUAUCAGAAUUGCUGGGAAGCUGACCUUGGUAUCAUCGACCGAACGGAUCUCGAGGCUCAGCUAAAAGCUCAUUACCGCAAUCAAAUGCCCAGAAAUGAUCCCACGUGGUUCGCACUUCGAAAUAUCGUCUUCGCGGGCGGAUAUCGAAGUCUGCUAGCAAGAGACCCCACCAUCUCAUUUGCCGCCGCGCAGGCAAAAGCAGGGCACUAUUUCCAUAAUGCGCUCUCCGUCUUCACGAGACUCCUCCUACCCCCGGCACGUUUGAUGGCGAUCCGAGCGCUAACACUGAUGGCAUGUUAUGUUGAAGGCCUCGGCAAUCCAGCUUUCAAGCAUUUUUUGUGCGCUAAUGCCGUCUAUUUAGCUCAAUCCAAAGGACUACAUCGUCAACCCGACCACGCAUGGGGCAUUUCUCCCGAUGAAUCCCUCAAGAGGAACUGGCUUUGGUGGGCGAUAUAUGCUCUUGAGAAGCAUCUCGCCCUGUGUGGGAGCCGACCAUCCGUCAUUGACGAUGACAAUGUCAGUGCUCAUGUUCCGACGACGCUGCCCAGCGGAAGCAAUAUUCAUUUAGAAAGCCUGAGCAUCGGCAUCCGCUAUUCGAAGAUACACUCUCAGAUAUCGCGUCGGCUGUUGUCGUUCAAAGCUCUGUCGAUGUCGGCCAAUGAGCUCAUCAGUUGCGUCAAUCACUUUCAUGAUCAGCUCAAACAAUUGCUCGAGGAGAUGCCGGCCGAGUUCAAGAUUGGCACACUGGCAAGACCACCGCACCCGACUCGUCGCCUUAUCCAGAUCAUGUACCUUCACUUCUCCAUCUAUGGCAGUCUGAUGGCCGUGCAUGCACAUCUCUUCUACCCAUGGAUGACGUCGAGGUUCGCCGCCGAGGGAUAUAAUGCCGCUGUCGAGACCCAGAUCGCGUCCUCGUCGAGCACGGUGGCGGAAGCGGCACGGAAGAUCAUUCUCGCUCUUCGGUUGAUCCACACGAACGUGACCACGCCGUCAUGGCUGGCGUUCUACUACCCGAUCUAUGCGGUCAUCAAUCUGUUCAUCUACAUUCUCAAGUAUCCAACACUGUCGACGGCCACCGCCGACCUGGGUCUGCUGGAUGUCUGCGCGGGACAUUUCGGCUACAUUGAGUUUCUCACCUCAUCGCAAGUCUCGAUCUCCCUCCCGAGAGAAGCCGCCAACGUCGCGUCCAAAGUAGUGAAAGCGGCCAAGGCCAAGGAGCCAGAUCCCACGUCCGUCGAAAGUACGGCCCACUGCGAGCGCCAAGGCCAUGAUGCUCACAUGCCAGCUCUCGACAUUGGUCCUCUCCAUUUCGACAAUCCUGAACCUGAUCCAGCGGCCUUAAGCGAUGUAUGUCACUUUCACCAGCGAACCAGGGUGCGCUUCUACGCCAAAGAUAUGCUAACUCGUAUCCUGUUAGGUCAACUUCAUGAAUCUAGAUUCGCCGAGAUGGAAUUUGCUGUCCUCAUUCGACAUGAUAAAUUCGGCGGUGCCAAACUUUGA